AUGGAUCCCUCGCAGGUCAAGAUCCCGCCCAUGAAGGAUCUCACCACCGAGAACAUCACCGAAAAUGUCAUCACUAUUAACUCGCUCUGCGAAGAUGAGCGCAUGAAAUACGUCCUCGAGCGCCUGGUGACCCACCUCCACGACUUUGCCCGCGAAACCCGCCUCAGCAGCGCCGAAUGGAUGACCGGCCUCCGUUUCCUUACCGAAGUCGGCCAAAUCUGCACCGAAGUCCGACAAGAAUUCAUCCUGCUCUCAGAUGUCCUCGGCCUCUCUAUCCUCGUCGAUUCCAUCGAUCAUCCCAAGCCCCCGGGCUCCACCGAGGGCACCGUCCUCGGCCCUUUCCACACCCACGACGCCGAGGAGAUGCCCGCUGGCGAGUCCAUGUCGCACGACCCCAAGGGAGAGCCGCUGCUCGUUGUCUGCACUCUGCGCGACACCGAGGGCCGCCCCAUCUCCGGCGUCAAGAUCGAUAUCUGGGAGACCGACUCGACAGGCCAUUAUGAUGUGCAGUAUGCUGGGCGCGAGGGCCCGGAUGGUCGCUGCAUUAUGCGCUCCGAUCAGGACGGCAUCUUCUGGUUCAAGGCCAUUACCCCCGUGCCGUAUCCUAUCCCACACGAUGGGCCCGUGGGCCGGUUGCUGAAGAAGCUGCAUCGUCAUCCGUACCGCCCGUCGCACAUGCAUUUCAUGUUCGAGAAAGAGGGUUACGAUAACUUGAUUACUGCUCUCUACCUCCGCAACGACCCCUACGAGACCUCGGACGCUGUCUUCGGCGUCAAGGACUCGCUGACCGUAGAUAUUGGCAAGGCCAGCCCGGAAAUCGCCCAAAAAUACAAUGUCCCCGAGGGCCACGCCCUACUGACAUAUGACUUCGUCCUCGUCUCCGACGCCGAGACUAGUGAGCUGCGGGCGAAGAACUCCAAGGUCGCACUAGACAAGCUGGGCCGUAAGGUGAAGAUCGUGAACGGUCUGCCUAUUCCGGAUUUGGACUAG